AUGGCUGACGCAGAGGAGGGUUUUGGUUUGGCACACACACCCCUGGACCCCGACUCCAAGGAUCUGUCAUGUGACUCGAAGCCGGAGGGCGCGCUGGGGGCCCCCAGCAAGUCCCCCUCCUCCCCUCAGGCCGCCUUCACCCAGCAGGGUAUGGAGGGGAUCAAGGUGUUUCUCCACGAGCGAGAGCUAUGGCUGAAGUUCCACGAAGUGGGGACGGAGAUGAUCAUCACCAAGGCCGGCAGGCGGAUGUUCCCCAGUUACAAAGUCAAGGUGACGGGCCUGAAUCCCAAAACAAAGUACAUCCUCCUCAUGGACAUAGUUCCCGCCGACGACCACAGAUACAAGUUUGCGGAUAAUAAAUGGUCGGUGACGGGCAAAGCGGAGCCGGCCAUGCCCGGCCGCCUCUACGUGCACCCCGACUCGCCGGCCACCGGGGCCCACUGGAUGCGGCAACUCGUGUCCUUCCAGAAGCUCAAACUCACCAACAACCACCUGGACCCGUUCGGGCACAUUAUCCUAAAUUCCAUGCACAAAUACCAGCCCAGAUUGCAUAUUGUGAAAGCGGACGAAAAUAAUGGAUUUGGCUCCAAAAACACGGCCUUCUGCACUCACGUCUUCCCGGAGACUGCGUUCAUCGCCGUGACUUCCUACCAAAACCACAAGAUUACCCAACUGAAGAUUGAGAACAAUCCCUUCGCCAAAGGCUUCCGGGGCAGCGAUGACAUGGAACUGCACAGGAUGUCAAGGAUGCAGAGCAAAGAGUACCCAGUGGUCCCCAGGAGCACCGUGCGGCAGAAGGUGGCCCCCAACCACAGCCCCUUCAGCAGCGAGCCCCGGGCGCUGUCCACCUCCUCCAACCUGGGGUCCCAGUACCAGUGUGAGAACGGCGUGUCGGGCCCGUCCCAGGAGCUGCUGUCCCCGCCCAACCCCUACCCGCUGGCCCAGGAGCACGGCCCCCUCUACCACUGCACCAAGCGGAAAGAUGACGAGUGUCCCCCCGGUGCCGACCACCCCUACAAGAAGCCCUACCUGGAGACGCCGCCCGGCGAGGAGGAGCCCUUCUACCGGGCCAGCUACGCCCCGCCGCAGGGCCUGGGCGCCGCGUACCGGACAGAGCAGGGCCAGCGGCAGGCCUGCAUGUACGCCAGCGCCGCGCCGGCCGGCGAGCCCAGCCUGGAGGACAUCAGCUGCAACACGUGGCCGGCCGUGCCGUCCUACAGCAGCUGCCCCGUGGCCGCCGUGCCGCCGCCCGUGGACCGGCUCCCCUACCAGCACUUCUCCGCCCACUUCUCCUCGGGGCCGCUGGUGCCCCGGCUGGCGGGCAUGGCCAACCACGGCUCCCCGCAGCUGGCCGAGGGCAUGUUCCCGCACCAGAGCCCCGUGCCGCACCCGCCCGUGGCCCCCCGGCCGUGCGGGCCGCAGACGGGCGUGCAGUCCCCGGGCGGGCUGCAGCCCUCCGAGUUCCUCUACCCGCACGGCGUGCCUCGGACCCUCUCGCCGCACCAGUACCACGCUGUGCACGGGGUGGGCAUGGUGCCCGAGUGGGGGGAGAACAGCUAA